AUGCGGGCGGGACUAUUCUUCCAUAGCAACGCUAGGCUGCUUGGGAGUGGUGGCGGUUGUUUCAACAUGGCGGCAGCGAAUUCGAGAAGUGGAAAUUCGGGGAUAUUUUGGAUGAAUGGUGUGUCAGAUGAUGAAGAGCCUUUGGUGUUGGUUCCUGGAUCGGAAGGAGAGGCAAUGCCUCGGACCUCUUUCACUUCGGGAUCGGGCCGGACUGGUAGCAAAAAAGGUACCACGAUGCGAGCCAGGCGUAGCUAUGACUGCACUCAUGAGACGGCACUAAAGAAAUGUGGCAAGAAACAGGGCCACUUCCAAAGUGACCAAUCCGGGAUCCACGUCAAGGAAAAAGUGUCAGCCCAUCGCAGUGCGACUGCAGUUUUGGGACAUGCUUUUUCUCCAGCCUUGGGUACUUUUCUCCCCUCAACACAGGCGAUCUCUGAUGCCAGCAAGAGCCAGGUCUGUUUAAAGGACCUCUGUCCUGAAGAUAAGCGCAGGAUUGCAAACCUUAUUGAAGAACUGGCCAGAGUCAGCGAGGAGAAAGAAGAAUCAGUGCAGCGUCUGAAAGAUGAGCAGGAAAAUUUUGAGUGCAAGAUCCAGAAGCUGGAGCAACAGAAUGUGAUCAUUGUGCAGGAGAGGGAGAGUCUGCAGCAGCAGUACAGAGAGUGCCAGGAGCUGCUUGGACUUUACCAACAAUACCUUUCUCAGCAACAGGCCAAACUGAACGAGUCCAUUGCACAGCUAAGCCAGGCACCAGCCCAUAGCAAGGUGCUCAGCAGUGAGGAGGCCCCCAGCAGGACAUCCACCAGCAGAGCUAAUGGCUCACUCUGCGAUGGCUCGUACCUCAGCCUAGCUGCUACUCGAGCACAACAGCCUCAAGUGCACAUGAGACGUGGUGGAGGAAGGGGGGCAAUGCAAACCCUCUGCAACCACGCCCCUCUCUCCUGUGAUAGUGAGUUCAGUCCGACUGAUGGGCCGAUCAAACAGCGCAGGAUUCAGAAAGGGGAGAGCGGGGAGUCCUACCACUGCCUUGGUAGUGGUCCAGGCGGUGGCUCAGGUCUAGCUGAUGGCCACCAUGACACCUUCACGCAGCAUGAGUGCACAAGGCUCCACAGGGGGAGUGCCAACGGCUCAGAGGCCAACGAAGCCCUCGCCAGGCCUCUGCUGGGUCACGAGCACUGGGAGGACAAAAGGCACGAGCUGCUGCUGCAGAAAAUGCAGCUGGAGCUGGAGCGGGAGAAGCUGCAGGCUCGGCUGGCUGAGCAGGAGGAGAGGCUCAACAGGCAGAGUCAGGAGCUACGUCAGUCGCGUCUCGAUUACAGCAGGUUUCAACAAGCCGCUCGGUCUGAUCUCAGCAGCUCAGACACGAGAAAUGGAGACCCACAGCCGGCGAAUGAGUCCCACCCACAUUCACCUCCCAUUUUGUCUGAAGAUGCAGAGCUACAUCCUGCAGGACAGAGUUUGCAUGGAAAACAGCCACAAACCGCCGCUGCUCGCCCGGAGACGGGCAAGGCGGAGCCCUUCGAGCAGUCCACAAAGGACACGGCCACAUCUCCUCUUAAGUCCUCUGCCAGCCGGAGUAAGCCCACCUCAGUGUCUGUGAUCCGGCAGACCCCCCAGGCCAGGUUGGACUUUUCUCUGGUGGAGUUGUUGGACGUCUUUAGUCCUGUCUGUGCUUCAGAGCCAAGCAAGCCGUCACCUCGAAGACCCAAAUCGUCACAACGGAGGCUCAUUGGCGCCAAAGAGGCGGGCCAGACCCUGCUCGCCGGGGCUGGGCGUUGCCCUCAGAGCGCUCAGCAGGACCUGGAGGAAAGUCAAAUACUGGAGGAUAUUUUCUUCAUCUGCUGACCCAGAAGUAAAAGGAUCCAGUCACUUCAUGUUCACCUAUUUGCUCUUGAUUUUCUUUUUUUUUUCUCAUUACAUUUAAUCUUCAGUUGACGUUCUAAUACAGCAUAAUUAUGAUGUUGUCAAUCUCACUCUUGUCACACUGUGGUUUUAAUGCAAAUAAACAAAUAUUUAUUCCGAAUUGGUUUUGCCUCGUGUUUGUAAGUGCUGUUGUGCUGUCACUGCAGUAAAACCGUUUACCAUUGAGCUGCGCCGAUUACCCCAAAGGACAUUGGCGCCAUUGAUGCUCGUUUAAAUGACUAAAAUCAAUUAUCUUGAAAAGAUGAAAACCUGGAUACCCAGCGGCGUAUAUAAUGGAAUGUUUUGUAUCCAGCGCGAGAUCUCCCUUCUGUGUUUCACAGGAACUGACAAAUGGAGCAAAUCAUCACAUCCUUUUUCGUCGAGAAUAACGGGGACACCUCGGCAGGGUGGUUCUGAUGUGAUAAUAAGUUAUCGGUAAUUAUGACAUGACACAAGAUACUUUAUUCUAGACUGUGCUUUAUUAUUGGGCUAAGCUGAGACGCAUCAUUCAUUUAAAAUUACAAAAAAAGAGUUCAAGGGACCAGAGAAUGGUGCAGUCUGGAGAGACAGGGGCGGGAGCCUAAAGCGCACUGCCCAAUCAGAAGCUUAGCUCAUCAGGAACCCGGCAAAGCUUAAUAUGCAACAUUCAUUUCCCCACCCUCCGUAUGUGCUGAAAUUGGGGAAAAAAGAUUUCCAGAAUACUUUGAAAACCAUAUGAAGGGAAAUGUGAUUGUAGCAACACUAAAGACUACGAGAAAUCCAAACAAAAGAAUGUUAACUAACUCAGUUGUUUUCGAUGAGAUAGUGCAGUUUUCAUUGAAUUUUGCUCUCAGAACACAUCAGCUGAACAAGAUCAGAGCUCUGUCAAACAAUACAAAGCAGGAUUCAAAGAGGAGUAAAGAGGAGUUUAGACACACGGAUGUUUUUCGCAGGCAGUCAGUCAGUGACGAGGAGUCAAGACAGUGGCAGCAAUUUAUCGUGACCUCAAGGCAUAUCGUCUGUGGUGUUAUGUAUGGGAUUAAACAGUUGGUUUAUGAGGGAGGCUUUCAGUAGGAAUUUGCCUGAUUGCGUUAAAAGGUUUCAGAAUGAAAUCAAAUGAUCCUGAAACUGACAAAGCCUCCAAUUAGCUUCUUCUUCUUUUAGUAAAUCUACUUUUUUGGAACAAAAUAUGAAUUCAUAAUUACAAAUAUACGUAAGGCUUUCGUCAUGUGCUGAAUAGUUUUGAAUAGUUCAUCAGCAGCAAGAAAUUGGAAAAUUCUUGCUGCUGAUAAAACUUUAAAGUAUUUUUGGUGUUUGCCAAUACCCAUGUAAUAGUAUGUGAUGUACUGGUACCACGUAGCGGCAACAAAGAUCCUGAUCAGUUGCAGUAAGAGAGCUCAAACCUUGAAUCAAACAGCACGAAUAAAUAAAGGCAUAAACAUAAAUAAAUAAAUAAAUAAAUAAAGACACAAAUAAUUAAUGAAAACUCUUGUGUUUGACAUCGCUUGGUCAAUAGGAGCAUUUGUAUCCAUCAUUAAAGAAGUGUUGAAGGCGAGGUCCUGCAGACAGGAACAAUGAUCAUCUGUAUGCGUGUCAUAUAAAAACUAUUUGCUCACGUACCAACUCAUAGAAAAAUAAUGCCAUGAAAGCAUGCAUAUUAUCUCGGACAUGACUUAUAAAUAAAUAUAUAAACAAAUUAGAUAAAUUAAAAGAACCCAUCAAAGUAUUUCUUUUUUUUAUUUUUAUAAAAUAGGUCAAUGUGUGGGUCUAAGCUCUGAGGUCAAUGCUCUCCCUGACUGUAUUCUGGAUAAAUGCCAUGGUCAGGUCCUACAGUUUUUACCGUAUCCUAGCGACUAUUUUAUUUUUCAUUAUCAUGUUUUCAUUCAUAUAUUUUUUUUUAAAGUAUUUAAAGUACUUCAUCCAGUCCUUGUAGAUAGAAGUAAAAGUCCUAUAAAAUAUGCAAACCUAUGUACAGAGGAAAACAGAGCAAAAAAAGGAAACAAUUUACAGUAUAUUCAUCGGUUUAUGUAUAUAUUUAUAUAUAUAUAUUCAUACUCAAACUUCUGCUCUGUUUCUUGUUGUUCUUGAACCACGAUGCUGUGUUUUACUUUUCUCAUGUAAACUUGCAGCUUAAAGUUGAAGGAAAGGAAGAGGCGGUGCUCGGCCUUGUCGUCUGUGUGGUGGUUCUGCGGCUUGGCCCCCCCCCCCCGCUGGGAUGAACGACGCGAGCGCUUGCUCAAACAAACCAUUGGAAAAGCACAAACCGCUUCAACCCUCAUUUUUUCUUUUUUUUUUUUUCUUCAAUUUUCUCAGAGCAGCGCGGGGCAGUCAAAGGGCACAGUGUGGCGAUCAGGGACACCAGACCGGUGACAUUUAGCUCCAGAUCUUAUGGUCGUUCCGAAGGCAGCUCAGGUGGAUGUACAAGACAUUUUGUACAAACCCACCGCGGAUACUGUCAGAGCUAAAAGGAUCACGAUGGUCAUCGGGUCUGCCCUGUGCACCACAGUCGGGGCAUUGUUAUGUGACACAUAAGAAAAAAAACAAAAAAAAAAAACAGCGACGUUCUGGGGGUGUGUAGCGGUGUCUUUUAGCCUUACCGAGGUUUGGAAGGUAAAUGUUAAAUUAUUCAAUCCGCUAAAAAGGUUAGACACAGACACUAGGGAAAUGGCAUAAUGAGCAGUUUAUAGGAAAAACUAUUAACAGCACCCAACAGGAAGCAUUGUCUUUCAAAGUGUCAUAUAGCCUUAUAAAUAUUCAUAUAUAUAAAUAUUCAUUGAGUAAUCUCCACCAGCGGAAAAUGUGUUGAAUGCAGGAUCCGAUAAAUCCAAGUCUGUUGACCUUUUGCAGAUAUAUAUAUAUAUAUAGUGGGUGUUAAUACCAUUUUUGUGGACUGAGAAACUGUAUGCUGAAGCAAGAGGAAACCAGCCGCGGUGACAGGGCAGUUGUAAUGGUUAAAUGGCUUUCCACUCUUAUUGCUUCAUUUUACAGUUUCAUUAGGUUUUUAACAGUGACAUAACAUAAGGCAAUAUAACAUUUUCCAGAGGAUAUGCUUCAUGUCAAGUAUUACCAGCGGAGUGCCACAGAUUUACUGCCGGAUGGGAAAGCACAACCCUUUAUUCGCUUUAAGGGGAAGCCAGCUCUCUGAUCUCUCUGAUUAGAUCGUAUUCAUCAAUAUUACAUCCCCUGCAUAACCAUUAAAACCUCAUAUUCAAGCACUAUUACUUCUCACAUCAAGCCAAAUCAUGUCAGUUUAAAAUCUGAAACUUUAAGCCAGUUGUGACUCCAACUGGUGGAAUAUAGUCACCGGUGCCCUGCGCACAUUUUUGAAAGUCAGUACCUGCUAACAGGUCACCUAAUGCCCACUUUAAUCAGUGUGAUUGCAUGGGUCUACAUUAGCUCUUAAUGCUAUUCAUUCAAAGACGCUGAUGGAGCAGUGGUCUGGUGGUUUGUUCCACACUAAAGCUCUCUACGCUGACUAAUGAUAUGGAUCUGACUGUAGAUUUGACAUCAUAAUAGCGCGUUGGCUGCUUGCAGUUGUGUGUGUGUGUGUGUGUGUGUGUGUUUUUUUUGUCUUUGUUUUGUGAAAGCACAGUGCUUGAUGGCAGAUUCCGCAGGUGACAAGGCACACCUUGACAUGGUGACAGCCCAUACGCUACAUGCAUUUUACUGAAUGCCAAAGAAAGCAAGGGUUGUGAGACGUAUUCAUUUUGGUUCAAGUUUCAAAGAGAAGUUGGUGUUUGCAUGUGUGCGUGUGUUUGUGUGAAAGCUCAAACGAUAUGUUUGGAAUAGAGUCGAAGAUAA